GGGCUGGGGCUCACAGAGGCUGCGGGAUGAAGCCGGGCACGGGAGCCAAGCUGCUGCUGCUGCUGCUGUGGGCGGCGUGCGGCAAGUGCACCAGAGCAGAUGGGCCUAGCGGCUACACGUCGGUCAUCGAGGUGACCAACGGGGGCCCCUGGGGCGACUGGGCCUGGCCCGAGAUGUGUCCUGACGGAUUCUUCGCCAGUGGAUUCUCCCUCAAGGUGGAGCGCCCCCAAGGCAUUCCCGGCGACGACACGGCUCUGAACGGGAUCCGGCUGCACUGCGCCCGCGGGAAUGCCGAGCUCAACACCCACGUGGUGGAGUCCCAGUCUGGCAGGUGGGGCGUGUGGAGUGAGCCACUGUGGUGUCCGGGGGGCGGCUUCCUGGUGGCCUUCUCGCUUCGCGUGGAAGCGCCCGUGACCCCUGGGGACAACACAGCUGCGAACAACGUGCGCUUCCGCUGCUCAGACGGCACGGAGCUGCAGGGGCCCGGCCUGGCCUGGGGAGAGUUUGGGGACUGGAGUGAGCCGUGCCCCAAAGGCGUGUGCGGCUUGCAGACGAAGAUCGAGCGGCCCAGAGGCCUCCGCGACGACACCGCUAUUAAUGACGCACGCUUUUUCUGCUGCCGCAAUUGACACCAUCGCCGCCCUCUCCCAGCCCCAAGUCUAGUCCCGCCGCCGCUAUUAAAACUCCUCUGUCCUG